GUCGUCGUCGUUGUCGCGAGGAGCGCGGCUCUCGGCGCGCGCGAGAGAAUCCGAGUGUGUGUCGUGUGUAUCUCGCGCGGUGUCGAUACGUGCGUGCGUGCGUGCGUGCGUGCGUGCGUGCGCGCGCGCGCUCGCUCGCUCGCUCGCUCGCUCGCGCGCGAGAGCGAGAGAGCGAGAGACGAGCGCUUCGUUAAAGACAAAGACGGGGCGAUAAUAACGAUCUGUCAUGGGGCUGUCGGCGGUGUAUCUGCUGUACGCGGCGGUGACGGUGCUCGGCGUGGCGGCCAGCGCGGGCGACAAAUGUGCCGACGAGUGCUCCUGCAAGUGGAAAAGCGGCAAGCGCACGGUGGAGUGCGUAGAUCGUGCCCUGACCAGCAUACCAGAGUGGAUCGAUCCGGAGACCCAGGUGCUGGACACGAGCGGCAACGACAUCAGGCACCUGCCGAGCAACAUCUUCGUACGUGUGAGCCUGACAAAUCUGCAGCGUCUCUACCUGCGUGAGUGCCGUAUCGACCGGAUCGACAGCGAGGCACUGGCCGGUCUGACGAAUCUCGUGGAGCUCGAUCUGAGCAACAAUCUGCUGACCGCGGUGCCGAGCUCGAGCUUCACGGACACGCCGUUCCUGCGCGACCUGGUGCUCGCGUACAAUCCCCUCGAGAAGAUCCGCUCGCACACCUUCGAGAGCACGCCGAAUCUCGUGAAGCUCGACCUGUCGCACACGCAGCUGCUCGAGAUCGAGUCGAAGGGUUUCCGCGGGCUCGACCUGCUCGAGAGCCUCAAACUCAACAACAAUCGGCUCUCCACCCUGCACCCGGGCACCUUCGAGCCGCUCAACAAGCUCACCAGCAUCGAGCUGCACGACAAUCCGUGGAUCUGCAAUUGCCACUUGCGCGAGAUGAAGAUGUGGCUGGUGAAGCACAACCUGCCGACCCUCGUGGCACCGGUCUGCCAUGGCCCCGAGCAGCUGCUCAAGCGUGCCUUCACCGACCUCGGCGUCGACGACUUCGCCUGCCGGCCGGUCAUGUUGAUAGCCAGCCGCUACGCCGAGGCGACCAUCGGCGAGAACGCCAGCAUCGUGUGUCGCGUGAGCGCGAUACCGGCCCCGAGGGUCAAGUGGUACUGGAACGGCCGUUUGCUGACCAAUCAUUCGGCCUUCAGUAGCUACCAGAAGAUUCUCAUCUUCGAGGAGGGUCAGUUCAGGAAGAGGAGCACGCUGAUCCUCACCAACGCCCAGGAGGCGGACUCGAGCGAGUUCUACUGCGUCGCGGAGAAUCAAGCCGGCAGCGCCGAGGCCAACUUCACCCUACACGUGUCCCUGAGGACCGCGGGCAUGUCGACCUUAGGAUCGGGUCAAAUCGCCGGCAUAUCAGCCGCGCUGGUCGUGCUCAUUCUCUUCAUACUGCUCAUCAUUCUCGUGUUGUUUAUUCGUCUGCGAAGAAUGCCGCUCAAGGACGUGAAAUCGUCGAUGCCGAUGGAGGCGACGUCCGCUGACGGCGCCGGCGGCGGCGGCGGCGGCUCCGCCACCGGUGGCGGCGGCGGCGGCGGCGGCGGCGGCGGCGGUGGCGACAACCCACCGUUGUCCGCUACCUCCACCACUCGCAGAAAGCACGAGGAAAUUGAGACUACUACGUCAUUCGGAUUGGAGUCCAAGCCACCCGCGUCGUUGCACCUGAGCUACGUGCAAAGACCGCAGGCGGCAGUGGUGCGGGACAACGAGUACGCCACGAUCAGCCGUUUCGACGAUCAGCCGAGUCAACCCGCGGUGGCGAUGCCCGCGGGCGCCUGUUUCUCCUCGACCACAUCCUUGAUGCCGAUCGAUAACCCGGAUAUCAUCAGGGACACUCGGCGCGGUUCCGCCGAAGAUAUCACACCUUACGGCGUCGCCGAUUACGGUCGCGUUGAGACGAUGGACGACGGCAAGAUGCUCUACUCCAGCUGCCUGUGGGAGGCCAGAGACGCCUGCCGGACAUCCGGCGUCUCGGUGAGCGCGUACCCGUCGAAGGAGACACUCGGUGUGGCGGUGGUGGCGCCGGUCGUUGAGCAAUUUCCGCCCGGCGCGAAGCAGAUGCGAGUCUGGCAGAAGGGUGUCCCGGUGCUGCCGCCGGUAUCAGCGCUCAAGCGUGUUCUGGGAUCCACGCGCAGCUCGCCCGACGAGGGCUACCAGGAGGGUACCGGGACCGAUGUCUAGGUACCGCUACUUCAUUACUGCGACGCCCGGCACCGUUACUUGGAGCUGCGUAGGAGGCACCAGGAGGACGACACCGACUGCUAAGAGAGGAGAAAAACGAACAGAAAGAAAAGAGAGAAACAGGAGGAAGAGCGAACGCACGGUUGUCCUCGCGAGUGCCGGACGGGCGGUAGUGAACGAGUCGAAGAGACGAAAGAGAGAGGAGAGA